AUGGAAGGUCACCCUCAUGUUACCAUAGGGCGGUUUCUCACGCCACGUUCUGUAAGUGCGACGCGAACGGGCGGGGUUACUGACAUAGGGAAUGUGAUCUUUCACUACUCCAUUGGGCGCAGGGAAUCCACGGCAAGCGGUGUCAAGACAGGUAUGGUA